AUGGCCAAUAUUGAGGAAAUUAACAUCACGAAACGUCGCUCUAACGAAGUAGAAGACACUAGCCUUACUCCCCGUCCUCCACCAAAGAAAAGGUUUUUAUCAAGAACCUCUUCACCUAAUGAGGAGUCUGCUGGACAAGCUGUCGCGAGGCCAAUAGCACGCUCUACUAUUGCUCAGGAAAAUGAAGAAGAGGAUGAAGAAGAUUCUACAGAUCCUCUUAAGGAACCAUUAGAAGCUUUUCGUAAAGAUGCCAUUGUAAGACAGUGGAAAGAAUAUAUAAGAUCUAUUCAAAGGUUGAAAGUCUCAGUUGAACAGGCAGAAUCUAAAAGAUUGGACAGUGGAAAUCACUUUGCGCUUUGGCAAGAUUCGUUUAAAAAGCUUCAAAUAUUUCUCUCUAACAUUGUUCAGGAAGCAAUGUCCAGUCUUAACGCUUCUUCUGAUGCUAUGGAAAUAGACAACAAUUCAUUUGAUACGAUGUUAAAGGAACCAUGGGCCACAGAAUUAGCACCUGAAUUAGUCGUGGCUUUCCGAAAAAAAGAUUUCAAUAACCUGCUCAUCUCGAAAUUGAAUCAGUUAUUGGAAUCAUGGUUGUCAAAAAGAGAAGGAUUGAUCACGGGUUUUGAUACUGCAUUUGAAGAAGGUUCUUUGAGCGGAAUAAAGAAAGAUUACGAGAAUGCUUUAUUAGCCUGGCUGCAUGGCCAAAGAUCCAUUCAAGAAUUGAAGAACAGAUAUAGUUCAGUUAAUUUCAAGUAUUUGCUACUAUCAGAAGAGCUUCGACUCUUGAAUAACCGUUUACAGAUUACAGAUGAAAACCUACGUCAAGCACAAGCAGAGUUGGAGAAACAGAAGAAUCGAAUGAUGAAAGGUGAGGACACAGAAAUGAAAGAUACCACAACCUCAACCUCUAUUGUGAGACCAACGGCAUCAACAUCAUCAACACAGUCUCCCGCACAUAAUAUGCCAUCAUCAACAGUAUCUAAUUCUCCAUCCUUAGUCGAUCCGAUCAGUCAAGCUCAACAGUUACUUAAUCAGAGAUUACGUGAUAUUGAGAUUAUCAAUGAAGAACGAAUCGUUUUGAAAGAGCAAAUUGCGCGAUUGAAAAUGGAUUUGAUAUCUGUUCCUGAAUCACGUAUUUAUCGAGCAUCCCUGUGUCGCUCAUUAUCACAAUCGCGUGGUUUCUAUAAAGACAAGUGUACUCGUCUAUCGGAUAUAUGCCAUGAUCUUCAACAUUCAUUAAGUGAUAUAAAUAGCAGUCGUCGGCGACUGAUCAAAGAUAUGGAGAUUGAACAAUCCAGUCGAUAUAAAGAAGCGGAAGAGCAGUUGAGAAAACUAGACUUAGAUUUAACACGCACCAGAGGACAGCGUGAUGCUCUACAAAUGGAAUUAGAAGGUCGAAAAGCAUCUUCAGAGAUGGGCAGAGUGUCUACACAUGAAUUGAAAGUGAUUGCUGAAACUAGAAAAGAACAUGUCAAUCAUUUGCUUUCAGAAGUGCUUCGCAUGCAGAGAAAAAUGGCAGCAACGACGGGCAGAAAAGAGUUUUAUGAAUAUUUGCUUUCUUUAAAUAUUUAUGGGAGUAAAAUGGCCAAUGGCAACAGUCAAGAUGAAAAACAACAACGACAACAACAACAGCAGGAGAAAGAGCAAGAUUUGACUGACGUUGACGAGAAUGCCUUCUUGAAACCUUUACAGAAAGAAUAUCAGGCACUAAAGGAACAACUGGAACAGACGAAGAAGCGCGUUAUUUUGGCAUCAGCCGAAGAAGUUAUGAACGAAAAGUUAGAACAGAUAUUUCGACUGAAAAGGAUAGAAAAAGAUGCCGCUGAUUUUGAAGCAAAGUAUGGGUUUCAUCCUUCACUCGAUCUCGACGAUGCACAAGCUAAGAAUAUUCUGCUGGACAGAACUGAAAAAGAAACGAGUAGCCUACCUGAAGCCAAGGAGAAAAUACUUAAUCUAGAGGCAACAGAAAAACAGCUACUUGGAGAAAUAGACAGUGUAGCAAAAGCUUACCAAGAUUUGGAAGAAGAAAAUCUUCAGAAAGUUGACCAACUCAGAAAAGCUGAAGAUGAGGUUACCAAACUUCAAACGGAACGCAUCAAGUUCAGCCAAAUUUUUACAGCUUUGAAUAAAUCGAAAGAUGCUCAUACCAUGGUUGCGAAUGCGUUGACAAAACAAAAUGAAAAGCAACUAGCACAUAUAAAACAACUAAAUGAACUCGAAAAAAACCUGAACAAUCAAUUGACGUGUCUAGACCGUGAGUUAGCAUCCAGUAAUGCUGUAUACGAUAUAUAUAAGGCAAAGUUAGAUGAAGCUAAAGUGAUGCUGGAUGAAAUGGAAGAGAAAACAAACAUCUCCAAGGAUAAAAUUCUUGAACUUCAAAAAACAGUGUUUGACAAAAUUCGAGCAAUAGAAGAGAGUGCACACAACCGCUUACGAUUAGAGGAAAGCACAGAACUUCUCAGACGAAAGGUAGAAUCAUCAAAUCGAGGCGGCCGACCAGCAGAGGCCAGACUGAAGAGAGAACGUGAAGAAUACAGACUCUUGUCGAGUAAGACUAAAGUCCCAUAUAAUUCUCAAAUGUAUGCAUACCUUCUGUCGAGAAUGUCUAGAAUCGAUACGACGAUGUCCAAACUGCGAUGA